AUGGGUUUUUCUUGGCUGGGAUUUCCGAAACCUGCUCGUUUCCAUUUUUACCAAUUUCGAUUUGCUACCAACUGUCCUUUCAUUGCUUUUUUCAUGAAGCAAUCAAGGGAUGGAGGAGCAUAUAUCGAAGAUAAGAAGAGGUUGUAUAUGGGAAACGGUUCCAAGUUCACUCUAAAAAAGGAGGUUAGAUUUUCUUUGUGGAAUGGUCCAUGGUUAACGAGAUAUGGUCGAGUCCAAGGACUGUACGGGACAGUUCCUUUUAGUUGCCAUCUUUCCUUAAGCAUAGGUAUGAUUUUAUUGUCUUUGGGAGUUCUUUACUUAUAA